UUUUUAAUAUUAAGAAUGAGUUUAUAAACAAAUUCCCAGACAGGUGGUGAAAAGUAGGGGGUGCAUGCUGAGUGCGGACGGGUACGAGCGGAAGCCGCGUUUGUUGUUCUUCCUUCUGUUUCCGAGACGUUCAGGGUCUGAACGGGUUCAACAGCCGCGUCUGCAUGUCUCUACCAAUUCCCUCAAUAAAUCGUCAUCUACCCUCCCCGAAUGAAGAUUAACAGGUAUGCCAAAGGAAAAAUAUGAUCCUCCAGAUCCCCGCAGAUGUUACACCAUCAUGUCAGCCGAGGAGGCGGCCAGUGGGAAGAAGUCUCACUGGGCCGAGCUUGAGAUAUCUGGGCGGGUGAGGAGUCUGAGCAGCUCGUUAUGGACGCUCACUCACCUGACAGCGCUGCACAUCAACGACAACAACCUGACCCGCAUCCCACCGGACAUCGCCAAGCUGCCCAACCUGGUCUACCUGAACCUGUCGUCCAAUAAGCUCCGCAGUCUGCCCGCCGAACUGGGCAACAUGGUCUCACUCAGGGAAUUGCUUUUAAACAACAAUCUUUUGCGAGUUCUGCCUUAUGAACUUGGGAGGCUUUUCCAGCUACAAACCCUGGGGCUAAAAGGAAACCCUUUGUCCCAAGACAUCCUCAAUCUGUACCAGGAGCCUGACGGAACCAGAAAGCUUUUGAACUACAUGCUCGACAAUCUAGCAGUGCACCCAGAGCAGCUCCCCCAAAGACCUUGGAUCACUCUGAAAGAGCGAGACCAAAUGAUCCCCACAGCUGUGUUCACAGUCAUGUGCUACAACGUGCUGUGCGACAAGUAUGCCACGCGACAGCUGUACGGCUACUGUCCGUCCUGGGCCCUCAACUGGGAGUACCGGAAAAAAGGCAUCAUGGAGGAAAUCACCAACUGUGACGCCGACAUCAUCAGCCUGCAGGAAGUGGAGACAGAGCAGUACUACACCUUGUUUCUGGAAACACUAAAGGACCGCGGCUACGACGGCUACUUCUGUCCAAAGUCUCGUGCCAAACUGGUUUCUGAGCAGGAGAGGAAACACGUGGAUGGCUGUGCUGUGUUCUUCAAGACCGAGAAGUUUACUUUGGUCCAGAAACACACUGUGGAGUUCAACCAGGUGGCCAUGGCCAACUCAGAGGGCUCAGAGGUCAUGCUGAACAGAGUGAUGACCAAAGACAACAUCGGUGUGGCCGUUCUACUCGAGGUUAACAAGGACAUGUUCUCUGGUGGCAUGAAGCCGCCACAGGAGAGGCAGCUGAUCCUGGUGGCCAAUGCCCACAUGCACUGGGACCCCGAGUACUCGGAUGUUAAGUUGAUCCAAACCAUGAUGUUUCUGUCAGAGCUGAAGAGCAUCGCAGAGAGGGCCUCGGGCUCUGUGGCAACUGGCUCGCCAACCUCCGACCCCUCCUAUAUCCCCAUCGUCCUGUGUGCUGACCUCAACUCGCUGCCCGACUCUGGUGUGGUGGAAUACCUGAGCAAUGGAGGAGUGGCCGAGAACCACAAGGACUUCAAGGAGCUACGCUACAACGAAUGUCUGACCAACUUUAGCUGCAAUGGCAAGAACGGCAACUCGGACGGAAGCAUCACACACAGCUUCCAGCUGAAGAGCGCCUACGACAGCAAUCUGAUGCCUUACACCAACUACACAUAUGACUUCAAGGGCGUGAUUGACUACAUCUUCUUCUCCAAGACCCACAUGAGUGUCCUGGGCCUGCUGGGACCGCUGGACAGCCAGUGGCUCGUCGACAACAACAUCACCGGCUGCCCCCAUCCCCACAUCCCCUCGGACCACUUCUCCCUGCUGGCCCAGCUGGAGCUGCACCCUCCCCUGCCCCAUCCGCUCAACCCCCUCAACGGGCUGCACCUGCCGGUCAACAGGUAGUGCAGCCUGAGAGAGAGAGAGAAAGAGCCCCUGCCCACCCUUCUUACCCCAACCUUUUAAACACUGUCCUACCCCCCCUCCUCCCACUCUCCAGCUUUAUACAGGACCCUGUACAGUUUACCAAUCAUGUUAAAACUCAGACACCAUCCAACCCCUCCAACCCUAAGACACACCUACCCAAAAGGAGUGAAGUAUUCGCCCCGUUUGUUGCUCCUUUUUGUCUUUUUGCACACUGUAAAUGUUUAUUUUAUUUUUUCUUUUCCCCUUGAAAAGUCUUGAUACCAAAUGUUGGGCUUGGGAUGAAGCUGCUAUGGUAACCCCCAAUGUCAACUGUUUUUUUUGCCUUAGGUAUGAUCAUGACCGCUUGUAGAUUCUGCUCCUACAACAACAAACCUUAACUAGUUCUAUCAACCUUUUAAGAUAAAUCUACUACUGAUUGGCUGACUUUCAUCUGGGUUUCUUUUCACAUAGCUGUGAAAUAAUCUUUUUAGAGUGAUAACACAACAUGAUAUUAAUGCUGCACCACAGCAUGUAUAUUGUGUUAAACUCAAAGUCUAAAGAACUGGAACCUGAUACCACUCCCAAAUUAACUUGACAGUAAAAAAAUAAAAAAUAAAAGCAGUUAACACUACAAACAACUGAAUCUAAGUUAUGAAUGUUCAAUGAGGAUGUUAAAGGUUUGUUUAUAUCGGUACAUAUUUUAAAUUUUGAUCAAAAUACAAUUACAUACCUGCGAUUUUUAAGGUUAAAAGUACUGACUGGGCAUUUUAAAAGUAAUGUAAUGUCGUUGUAACACUAAAUUGGUGUGUUUCAUAUGGGAACUAGAAUAUGAAAUCAUCUCAUGUCACGGCUGUGGGUCAUAUUACAGCACUGAUAAUAUUGAUGGUGCACUGUUUGAGGGGGCUUUCAGAUUGACACCUGCUUUGUGGAAGAUAAGGAAUAAUAUCUCUCAAAUUCAACUUUUUCUGGAUAACGUUUCCACAUUGUUUGGGAUCAUGGUGCCUGAAAAGGAUGUCACCUGACUCAGCCUGAAAGCCGCCUCACAGUACUGCGUGGAUGUUACUGAGCUGCUGCAUUCAGCUGCAUUCACUUCUUCUAAUAUUUUCUUCUAUAAUACGGGUCUUGAACCUUCUCUUUGAUCACUGCUAAAUAUUUUACUUGCAAUGGUGGCCGAUUCACGUUCACUGUAGUUUAAAAGAUACAACUUGUGAGUCUUCUGCAGCACUAUAGGCAACAAAACAACUAAUUAAGGCCAGAUUUUUGCAAGCAUUGCAACCAAAUUACCCUCCCAUACUCGUUGACUUGCUUUGAAAAAAAAAAAAAUUUUAAGACAUGAAAUACAUUUGUAACACAAUCCUGACUUUGACCAACAGUGCGCUUAAACACUUUUAGCUUUUGAAGUCAUGCUUUGAGCAUCUACGGUCUUAAAAGAAUAUUGUUCUGUUUCCCAUCCCCUGACUGGCCAAAGAAUUUUCCCAGAAUGACUGACUUAUACUCUGCCGAUAAUAAGAUAAUAUUUAUUUAUUGGUGCCAGAGGGAAAAAAAAAAACUUCCUGAGAAGAUUCUGUUAAUGAUUCGUGACCAGGAGUUGAAUGUAUUUACCAAAGGCUCACUAUGAAAUUGGUUGUUGGAGCCUCUUAAUGCCAGAUUCCUGUGGACUCUAAACUUUGUAUAUUUGUGUGAGAUGAUUAGAACUAACAGCCCUUUAUGUAAGUUGUAACUCAGGGCUAUGCUAUGCAUCGAGCAGUACCUCUCCAACUAAAGACUCUCAGAGUCGCAUUGUACGAGCAAAACCAAACAGGAAGCUAUUGUUCUGAAAAUCCUUUAUAAGCACAGGUAAUGUAUGUACUUUACAUACAUAUAUGUUAUUGUUGCUGUUGUAGUAGAAGUCCCAUGUCUUUGUGCAUUUUUGAUAAAACUACUGCUGCACUUUUGCUCCGUUCCCAAAACGUGGGAAGUUCAAAAUUGUCUAAUUUUUGAGUCGUCAAAAGGUGCAAAAAGCGUUGAGAGACACUCUGGUGUCUUAAAACAUCAUCAUUUGGUUUUGUUCUUUUUAACGAGGCUCAAGUAUCAGUGCCGGAUCGACAAUAUGAAUGAAUGCAGGGGUACUUAUUUCAGCAUUUAGAGAAAGCCUAAAAAAGUUUGAGAAAAUAAACAAAUUGUUCAACAAAACCACCUUCGUCCCUUAAAAAGGUUGCAAAACCAGUGGCUCCAAACCUCAGGGUUGGGACCCACACAUAGGGCCAUGAGAUAAUUAACAAGGUAGUAAACAAGAAAAAUCAAAAUUCUGUUUAUUUUUGGGACUUUUUUCUAAUCUUUACUUCUUUUUCUCACUGUAUAGUUAGUGUCAGGGGUCAAUACAACUGCUUCACCUAGAAUAACAUACAGUCUAAAACUGCAACAAUCUGAUUUAGAAGAAUUGGUUAAAAAGAAUCAGUGUCUGUGACAUUUUUGGAUAUUUUAUGGUGCAUUUUGAUCGGAACAAAAACAAGAUACUGAUGUUUGAUACCCAGCACUAUCUAUGCAGAGGGACUCUAUAAGAGCUGCCAGUAUAUGCACUCAGUCUUUAACAUAUCUGGCAUGUUUCAUGCUGCAGUGUCUUGUAAACCCCGACCUUUAGAGAUUGAAUUAGUUAAAUUAGUCAAAGCACUUGCUCUGUUCAGUAUUUAAUAAAUAAGAAGCCAUAAUUAUUUUGGGACAAAUGGUGUCAGCACAACACGGCACCCUGAACCUGAACCUCAGCUUUAAACCACGCUCAGAUCAGUUUAACUGGCCUGGACGGGCAGUAUCGGCUUUGCUUCAGUUGCACAUGAUUUGACUCUAACAAGUACGCCUCCAGUUUUGGAGGAGCGGAUGUUUGUGAGCAUCUUGAGGCCUAUACUUCACUCCUGAACUCACCUCACGGGGUUUUCUGAUUUUGUACAACAGCUGUACAUAAAAUUAAACUGUCUUUGAUGACAGGGCGUCUUUCGCAUCUGUGAGGGGAAUGUACCAUUCUCCAGAUAAAGGGGCGUAUUUUUUCUCACAAAUCAACAAUGUACUUGGUGUUGUACUUUUUUCUUUGCCCGGUGCACUACGAUCUCAUAUGUGAAUACCACCUCCACCUGUCUCUAAUGCUCUUGUAGAGGCAAAAACGUCUCUGUCCAACUUUGUUUUUGAACUACGGGCAUUUUCUGUCUCUAACUAACAUGCAGUCUUUCAACUGGUACUUUGUACAAUUCAGUAUUACCAAGUUUUUGAGAAGAAAAGAUAAAUGUUCUAGGUUUAAAAGCAGUUUGUCUUGAUGGCUUUUAUUUCUCCAGUGCACAUUUAAGUGUCAUCUCAAAGGUUUUCACACUCUGAGAUGAUGCUUAAUCAAAAUUAUUUAGGUUUUUCUUCUUUUUCUUUGAUGUCUCCCCUCUGAGUUUUCCCAAAAAUGGCUUUCCAGAUCCCUUUCACAUCUCUCUCCACAUGUCAUCCAAUAUCCACAGCCACUUCUUUUACUUUUUCCACAGUAAUAUCCAACUAUCACUACCUGUAAGCAUUUGACCUAUUAAUUUUGUUUUCUGUAGAGCGCACCUCACAUACUUUUUCUACAAACAACGUGCCUAGUUUGUACAAUUUCUCCAACAGCAGCACUGCCCAUGAGACCAAGACGCUCAGAGAUUAACCCAGCGCCAUCAUCCAGCCAUUCAUCCAUCCAUCUAUCCAUCCCUUCAUCCUUCCAAUCCUUCCUGAAACAACCUUUGGGGAUGUGAUCAUUAGGAAUUGAAACUGAGGAAUCAUUGCUCACCUCAGGCUGGUUUAUGUUUUUUUGUAUCCAUAAUGUCAAGGACAAAUCACCCAUUUCUACCAGAGAUCUGAAAUGCACACUGUCACUUGUUUGCUUGUUCACUUGUUUGCUGGUGAGUUUUUUCUUUCUUUUUUGCAGAUUUCCUCUGCAAUGACCUAGCUGUAUUUUCCACAGGAUUAUCACAACCGCCAUCGCAUGCGAUUUCUGAAUGUAAAAUCCUGUUAUUCAAUAUCUGGCCCUGGUUUGUUUUGUUGUCCUCCACUAAUAAGUUUAUUCAGGCUAAGUUUACAGCAAUGUGGUCACUACAUGAGGUUAUGAGUCUUUGGUGGCCAAUGGGACGCCCAGCAAUGUUCACUGGGGAAAAUGAGGAUUAUCUGACAAAGUGUUAAGCAUUUAGACGAAAGGGUUUUGUUGUCUUUAUUCUGCUCUAACAUGUUGACCUUGUCGGCCUCCAGUGAGGCCUGGUCGCUGCAAUAUGAACUUAAAGGAUGCUGCGUAAAUGUUUUCCUCCCAGUGUAUUAACCUGGAAAGGGAAUUCAAAAACAUGACAUCAAAUAAAUCUGAUAUCAUGGAGAUUAUGCACUAUUUGAAGUGAGCUGUUACAACCUCUAAUGUACCAUGUAUAGAGGAUAUAUCAAGAUUUACUGACCACAGGUUAAUGCACUGGUUAAUUUGCUGGAAUGAGGCAAUUAUAAAUUAAGAUUUGGUCUACAAAGCAGAAAAGGCAGCAACUUCUGUGUCAAAAGUUGAACCCCAUCAGUUUCCUGUCUUCACUUCAAAACUGUAAUUUGGUCAAAAUGUCAUCUAUGAAUUCUAAGAGAGAGAAAUGUCAGCAUUCCUAGAAAAGGUAUUUUUAAGUUGCUGCCUUUCAGCAACUUUCAGUAGACUUGUUUUAGCCGUGUGUAGAAAAUGAAGUGAAACCGGGUGAGGACCCUCAGCCACCAGCAGUCACCCCAAAAAGGUGCUACAUUAUUUCUCGAGGAUUUUAAAGAACUGCACUUGAACCUGUCGUAUGUAACUACAAUGUUAAGUUUCUGUUUCCAGACCAGCACCCCUUCACUACAUGGGUUUUCAAUCCUACCAGCCUCCACCACAGAGUGGAGGAAGCAGUCAGUGAGCAUUUGUCUGAAAGAGAAAACCUGCAGCUUUGUGGUGAAGAGCUGCUAACAUUAGACACAACACAGGUUUUGUAUUGUGGAAUCCAAAGAAUGCAUCAUGUUUGACAAUAUAAUCAAAAAAGUUGCAAAACUGUAGUGACACAAGUUACUGUGCGCCCGUGAAGACGGGUGGAAGUUUGUCAAACGUAGGUGGCGGUGCUGACUUUGUUGUGUUCCUCUGACUAAAAAAGAAAAGGAAAAAAAUACAGAUCUAGCCUCGAUAGAAGUCCUUUUCACUUUUCUUUUACAAGCUGAGUUGCUGUUGCACAUUGCAGUUUAAGUUGUGUUCUCAACUGUCAGAAGUAUCCCAAAAACUGGAUAAAUAUAAAUGAACAAAUAAAUAAAUACAUAAAGAUUUAAAAUCUGUAAAAGCCACAAAAUCUAUUUUGAAGGCAAUUAAACGGCAAAUGAAAUAUAAUUUUUAAAAGAUGUUUCACCUGUCGUAUCGCUGUAAUUUUCAUGCUUCCAUAUGAUUAAGGAAUGACAUGCUCCUCCACAAAUCCAUUAACUUUUUAUAAUGGCUGAAUUUUAAUAGCACUUUUCCAAGUGCUUAACUGGACAAAGAAAAAAUCAAAAAAUAAAAGCAAAGCAAGUAAUCAGAUGAUACAAUAUGGUAGUUAUUUGGUAUUUGCCGUUUUGGGGGCCUCAGUGGCUCCUGGAGGCCCUAAAGCUGCUACUCUGAAGACCUGUUGUUGCUCUAUGUAACUUUGGUGAGCAGGUACGAUCUCCCUCUAACUGAGUAAUAGUCAGUGGGUUAAACUGUCAGAAUCAGGCCCAAGGCGUUCCAGAGUAAAGCUGAACUGUAGAACAGUUAAAAAGAAGUAAUUAAAAACCAGUGUUCAUCUCUGAUAUCCAGCCAGGAAACUGACGCAAAUAUCAAGAGUUAGAAACAAAGUUUGAUCUGUGGUACGGUGACAACAUGUCCUGCUCCAGAAGCAGGGGAUUGUGGGUAAUAUACACCAUUCAGCUGUAUUUCAGUUCAGUGAGCGGGCCGAUUUAUAGGCUUUGUUUUCUGUGCAUAAAGAUUGUUUAACUGCUCAGACUCUGGAGCCCAGCAGAGUUAAAGACCAGUAUUGGCUGCAGAGGGCGCUAUUACUCAGCAAAGAUACAUUUUGUUGCUUUAAUCAUACUUUACCAAUCACAUUACAAAUUAUGGUAAACAUUAGUCAGUGCUUCCAAACUUCCAAAUUUUUGAACCAAGAGCUGCUAACUGAGCAGUCAUUACCAAUGUUGGUGGCUAAAGGGAGCUGGUACAGACAGCAGCUCUGUGCAGCUCAAGGGAAGCUGGAAUAAAUUAUAAAUCUGAGGAUGAAAAAGGUCCAGAAGACCCUCCCUUACUUGUCUAGUCUUAGACUAACCUCCCUUUGGCAAACUGAAAAAAACUCAACCCACCUUCUUCUUUGACCAGUCUCUCCCCUUAAUAAUAGUCAUUUAUGUACAAUCCCUUCUAUGUAGAUUAACAAUCCCAUGCUGAAUUGAAUAAAUUGAUAAAAUGCAGCAAAAAAACAAUAAAUUGAUAUUUAUACAAAUAGAGUGAUGGGACUUCUUCAGAGGCUACAGCUGUAUUUGACAUGUGAGCAGUAACACCUCAGUUGAAACCAAACAUACUCGACAGCACUUGUAUCAUUGCUCCACAUCCCCCCUUCCCCCAACACUCUCCCCACCUCCUGUAGGCAAUAAACAUGUCACUUUUGAAGAGUC